AUGACUUCGAUCGGUACCGGUUAUGAUCUUUCCAAUAGUGUCUUCUCGCCAGAUGGGAGAAAUUUCCAGGUGGAAUACGCGUUAAAAGCUGCGGAAAAUGGGGCUACUUCGGUGGGUAUCAAAUGCAAAGACGGUGUAGUGUUUGCAGUGGAAAAACUGAUCACGUCAAAACUGCUGGUUCCAGGCAAAAAUCGCAAGAUUCAAACCAUAGAUCGUCAUGUUGGCUGUGCAUACUCUGGUCUGAUGCCAGACGGCAGACAUUUGGUCAAUAGGGCGCGUGAAGAGGCCCAAAGUUUCAAAAAAACAUACGCCAGCCCUAUACCACUUUCAGCGCUCGCAGACAGAUUGGGCCAGUACGUUCAAGCACACACACUGUAUAACAGUGUAAGACCAUUCGGAAUCACCGCGAUAUUAGGCGGGGUCGACGACAAUGGUGCUCAUCUCUAUAUGUUGGAGCCCAGCGGGACUUACUGGGGCUACAAGGGCGCAGCCACCGGGAAAGGCAGACAAUCGGCCAAAGCAGAGCUAGAGAGGAUCUUGGCAUCUAAGCCAGAACUCGACGCAAGAGAGGCUGUCAAGGAGGCUGCAAGGAUUGUUUACAUGGCGCACGACGACAAUAAGGAGAAAGACUUCGAGCUAGAAAUAAGCUGGUGCUCAACGUCCGAGACCAACGGUCUACAUAAAGCAGUGCCUCAGGAACUGUUCGAUGAGGCAAUCAACUUUGCAAAGACAGAAAGUGGUGAUAAUUCUGACAGCGAUGAUUCCAGCGAUGACAGUGGCAACGAAAACAAGAACGAAAAGGAAGAUGCUGAGGGUGACGUAAAUAUAGAGUAG